AUGGAUUUUCAAAACCGGCCUGGUGGUAAAACAGGCGGUGGUGGUGUGGCGUCAUGGUCCGAAAGCAACCGAGAUCGACGGGAGCGUUUACGACAGCUCGCAUUAGAAACUAUAGACUUAAAUAAGGAUCCUUAUUUUAUGAAAAAUCAUUUAGGUUCUUAUGAGUGCAAGUUAUGUUUAACGCUCCACAAUAACGAGGGCAGCUAUUUGGCCCACACUCAAGGCAAAAAACAUCAGGCUAACCUAGCUCGAAGAGCAGCCAAAGAAGCUAAAGAAGCUCCACAGCAAUUAGCACCAGAGAAGCCGAGGAUUGAGCCGAAGAAGUUUGUUAAGAUUGGUCGUCCCGGUUAUAGAGUUACUAAACAAAAGGAUCAAGAAAAUGGACAGCAAAGUUUACUAUUUCAAGUUGAUUAUCCAGAAAUAGCAGAAGGUGUCCAACCAAGACAUCGUUUCAUGUCAGCUUACGAGCAGAAAAUCGAGCCGCCAGACCGCAGGUGGCAGUACUUGCUCUUUGCAGCAGAACCCUAUGAGACAAUCGCUUUCAAAGUGCCGAGUCGAGAAGUGGAAAAACACGAUGCAAAGUUCUGGACGCACUGGAACAAAGAUACAAAGCAAUUCUUCUUACAAUUUGCAUUCAAGAUGGAACCGUUGAGAAUGCCGCCACCUCCCGGUAAAAUGUGGGAGAACCACGGCAUCCGUUUACCGCCUCCUCCUGGGGCUCCUAUGAUGGGGGUGCCUCCUCCGCCCCCGCUGCUGCCGGUUCCUCCGCCACCUCCCUCCAUGUAA